UCUUUAAGCUAUUUUUAUGUUGUAGAUGAUUAUAAUCCAAAUUAUAUAAAAUAAAAAAAAAAUAUAUAUAUAUAUAACAAAAAAAUUUGUACCGAAUACCCACUGUAUCUAUUUGGCUCUGUUUUUGUUGUUUGUUGUACAGCGAGACUGAAAGCCGCCAUUAUUGGCUGCCAGUAAAGCAAUUUCUUGCGCUUCGUCCCUCUCCCGUUCUUAUCAAAACGACGGUUUUUUUUUAACGUUUUCCCGAUAGAUCUCUCAAAAAAUUCCCAACUUUUCUUUCUUAUUUUCCUUUGUUCUGGAUUUUCGUGAUUUCAAUCUUGCGCACUCCUUGUCAAUUAGGGCGAUUUUUCGAUUAUUUAGGGGGUUGGGUUUACGACUUUUGGUAAGGAAAGCCCCGUUUUUCUUUGUCUGGGAAUCAGAAUGGAGUGCUUGUAAUAGCAACCGAGGAAGAAAAGGUUUUGCGCAGAGUGGUAGAAACCGCUGCUGAGAGUGAGUUGGGAGAAUAGGUUUGUUUGAAAUGGGUGAAUCAGUCCCACUUUACUAUGUUGUUAUUGCCUUCAUUUGCACCGUGGGAGCCAUUUCUCUGGCCGUUUCUCAUAUUUACAAGCACCUCUUGAACUAUACUGAACCUACGUAUCAGAGAUACAUCGUCCGCAUCAUUUUUAUGGUUCCUGUUUAUGCAUUAACAUCUUUCUUGUCCCUCAUUUUACAAGAGAGUUCAAUCUAUUUUAAUUCCAUCCGUGAAGUUUAUGAAGCUUGGGUCAUUUAUAAUUUCCUGUCACUGUGCCUGGCAUGGGUUGGUGGCCCAGGAGCUGUUGUCCUUAGUUUAAGUGGUCGGGUUCUGAAGCCUUCAUGGGGUCUGAUGACAUGUUGCUUCCCUCCUAUACCACUGGAUGGGCGCUUUAUACGUAGGUGCAAGCAAGGCUGUUUGCAGUUUGUGAUUCUGAAGCCUAUUUUAGUUGCUGUUACACUCAUACUUUACGCAAAAGGGAAAUACAAUGAUGGAAAUUUUAGUCCAAGGCAGUCAUACCUGUAUCUUACCAUCAUCUACACGAUCUCGUACACAAUGGCCCUCUAUGCCUUGUUCUUGUUUUAUUUUGCUUGCAGAGAUCUGCUUCAGCCAUUCAAUCCAGUUCCAAAGUUUAUUAUUAUAAAAUCUGUUGUUUUCCUGACUUAUUGGCAGGGUGUAUUGGUUUUCCUUGCUGCAAAAUCAGGAUUCAUAGACAAUGCGGAGGAAGCUGCUCAAUUUCAAAAUUUUAUUAUAUGUGUUGAGAUGCUUAUUGCUGCCAUUGGUCAUCUUUUUGCCUUUCCAUACAAGGAGUAUGCUGGUGCAAAUAUUGGUGGAUCUCGUGGUCUGACAGGAAGCCUUGCACAUGCCUUGAAGUUAAAUGAUUUUUACCAUGACACAGUCCACCAGUUUGCACCAACUUACCAUGAUUAUGUACUCUACAACCACAAUGAGGGUGAUGAGGGAACAAGGAAAUAUCGGUCUCGCACCUUUGUGCCAACUGGCCCAGAGAUGGAUGCUGUCAGGAAAAACAAAUUCACACUGGGAAACAAGAUAGAUGACAUACAACUUUCUAGUUUUUCAUCAUCUAAUUCAAGCUCUCCAAAACAUACUGCCACAAUCCCUGAUUCUGCUCAUUUGGAUGUGAUGAAGUCUUCCCUGCUUGUAGAUACCUCAGCUUCUUUGGAUGUUUCAUAUGACAUGUCGCUUAUUGACUUGGACAUGUCAAGUUACCCCGCAAAGGUUCCUUCAGCAAAAGAAGAUGUGCAAAGGUGAUAAAAAUAUUCUAUGAACCAUGAUAGACAGGAAAGAAGGAUGUCCUUGUGAGGAUCAAGAAAAUUUGUGAAAAGGGAUGUCAGAUGUUUUUUGUUUUCCUCUUUGGGAAAGCCUAACUCUGUGCUGAUAUGGGUGUGACUGCACUGCCCCCCUUCUUUUUUGAUGUAGAUGUGCAGUAGUAUCAGAUAUCAGGCUUCCCACUGUGAUUGUCUUCAAUGGCCUGUUUGUCAAGUGUGAAUUGUAGAUACACAACUUUUCUAAUUGUUAUACUUGCAAUAGCUUCUCUAAUAUCAAGCAUGGAAUUGGGCUUUGAUGUCAUUGUAUUGUUGUCUUUGUUCCUCAUUUUACAGUUUCUAUGUCUAUUGGAUUUCAUAGGUAAAUGUCUGUCUUUCUAAAUUGAGCACUAGGACUUAGUUCAGCCAAAGCUUUUUUUUGUUUUAGAUUGUCAGUCAACACUGUAUUGUGGGGUAUUGCUUGUAAUAUUUGUCCAUGUAUGUAUUAGAUUGUAUCUUCAAGUUAUUUUUGGAUACGUUUUUGCGCCA